UCUCGCACCACCACUCACUCAAGCGCGUCUUUGUUACCUUCAACUGCGUUAACUACAGCAAAAGGACUACAUUUAUACAGAUAUUCAAGAUUAUUUCAACGUAGAGACAGAAUAGUUUCAAGAAAAUAGUUUUUGGAUCUCGACUUACUUUUUAGUUUCAUUAAGGAUAACCGGUGGCAGGACAUGUGAUACGGAUGAACAAAAAACAUUGAAUAUAAAGAAACUUCACAUGAAACCAUCGGACUUCUGCGUCUUGUACUUCGCGUUGAGAACUGUGAAUUGCUGAGUAGCCUCCAUACUCUGUUGUAGCUAGCCUACUUUGUUGAGUAGGCAACAUCUUCAGUGUGUGCGGCGAGGUCUGGCGAGACCCAAAAAGCCCAAUUCAAUCGAAGGAACUCAUUCAGUCACCGAAGGUGAAACAAGAUAUUUGGAAAAUUCUGCUAUAAAGUUGAAGCCCUAACAAGGAGCACUCGACUCGUCAGCUUCCGUGAAUAUUGCAAACGAUUGGAUUGCAUAGUUUUCCUUUUCACUGGACGUUAUUAAUAAUUGUACAUUUUUGCGUUUGUCGAUCAGUCGAUAGAUUGUUAUUAAUGUUUCUCAUUGUAUAGAUAUUUAUUUUGUAAUAUGAGGCCAAAAUCUUAUUGCGGGCGGGCAUCGUAUUAAAUGCUGAAUAGUGCAGAUAGAGUGUAUGCCUUAUAGGCAACCAGAACAGAGCACUGUGGAAAAGAGGUCAGAUCUAAGUUUGCGGUUUCGUGGUUUUGCUGUAGUCCGUGAGAAGCAGAAAUCAACUCGAUGUUUCUCAUGCAGCUACAUCCUGAGCAGAUGAUAUAACACGCAAACAUUCAACUUUAUCGUGUCUGCAAGAUAAAAAGUCUCUUCACUCACUGGACAGUUCAGGAUUUAUUGUGAUAGAUUAACCGGGGGAGCUGCGUGCGCUCAGCUCCAUCAUCGCGUAAACCGCUGGAAUUGACCGAGACCAAAGGAGCAAGUGUCAGAGAGCGGGAAAAUACAUAUAUUCUCCAAAAAAAGAGCCCUGAACACUCGUCAAAACCCCUCGAGAAGUGGCCUUGACCAACGCUGUUGUGAUGCAUAUUCCCGUAGACCCUAACACCACCAGACGGUUCACACCGCCCUCCACGUCGUUCCCCUGCAGCAAGAUUGGAGACGGCAGCGGGACCAUGGGCACCCCUGGACCACUGAGGACACGACCCGAGGCCAGGAAUGUGGUGGACGUCCUGUCAGACCACGCUGGCGAGCUGGUCCGUACAGACAGCCCAAACUUCCUCUGCUCCGUGCUGCCCUCACACUGGAGGUGCAACAAGACACUCCCUGUGGCUUUCAAGGUUGUUGCACUCGGUGAUGUGCCCGACGGGACUCUGGUCACGGUGAUGGCGGGGAACGACGAGAACUUCUCUGCAGAGCUGAGGAACGCGUCUGCGGUGAUGAAGAACCAGGUCGCCCGCUUCAACGACCUGCGGUUCGUGGGCAGAAGCGGACGAGGAAAGAGCUUCACUCUGACCAUCACAGUCUUCUCUGGUCCCCCUCAGGUGGCCACCUACCACCGUGCCAUUAAAGUGACAGUGGAUGGGCCCAGGGAACCCAGACGACACAGGGUGAAACUGGAGGAUCCCCAGAAGAUGCAGUUCUCUGAUAGGCUGACAGAGAUUGAGCGCUACCAGCGGGCCAGCCUGAGGAUGGGGCCUGGUAACCCCCAGCCCCGGCCCAUGCACCAGAGCCACCUGGGGCCCUCCACCCAGUCCCAGAUACAAGCCCUGUGGUCUGACCAGAUUGACCCACCAUCUCUGAAGACAUGCAAAGUGGAGGACGACCUCAGAUGGUCAAGUCCCACCGCUGAUCUCUUCCCCCAGAGGACCUCCUUCCCCUCUCUCUCCCCGCUGACUGACCCUCGUUUCUCAGACCCACGUAUGCACUACCCAGGGGCCUUCACCUACUCAGCCAACCCCUCCAGCACGGGCAUCGGAGGCCUCAGUGUGACGGGAAUGUCUGCCUCCUCCCGCUACCACACCUACCUGCCCCCACCCUACCCGGGCAACCAGAACCAGGGAAGCCACUUCCAGUCCAACUCCUCCCCCUACCACCUGUACUACGGCACCGGGUCCGGCUCCUACCAGUUCUCCAUGGUGGGCCCGGGCGGGACUGGGGGUGAGCGCUCCCCCAGCCGCCUGCUGCCCUGCUCGGGGGCCUCAGCCUCUGGAGUUGGCAACAGCCUGAUAAUCCAGGGCCUGAGCAACCAGAGCGAGGGGGUGGAGGCGGAUGGUAGCCACAGCAACUCCCCUACGACCAUGAGCGGGUCUGGACGCAUGGAUGAAUCUGUCUGGAGGCCCUACUGACUGUUAGACAGCUAGAGGAAAUGUAGGACAGAGAAGAGAGAGAGAAAGCAAAAGUAAAGAAGUUAAAUGAACAAAAAAAGAUGAAUCCUUCCCCAAAAAAUAAAUGUUGCAUGUUUGUCUUUUAUUUUUCCGCACUCGCUUCGUACCCUUUUCCUAGUUGACCAAAGACAUUCAAUGUCUGUCAGAAUGCCAUGGCCAGAGGUGGCCUUUUUGAAGGCCAUGGGUACACCCUGCACUGUGACAGGGACUAUUCUCUGAGACUCUGAAAGCCAUACAAAUCUCAUUAUUUUCAAUUGAUGAGUAAGAACUGCAAAAUAACUGUAAAUAGAUGUUAUGGUGUUAGAACAAAUAAGCCAUAGUAAUAUACUGUAUCAGGUUCUUCUGAAAAACAGGUACAACAUGCAUACCAUAGACUAUGAAAAGGCACAACUUUCACAUCCAUUCAUUCUAUGCAGCUGAUGAACGGUAAAAAUGCAAGUGCUAUUGUGGCUAAUCAGCCAACGAGACCAAAACUAUCCUUAUCCCUCAGAUGAGGGAUACCUUUCUUGGCGUUACAAGCUAAACAUCCAGAACAGUGACUGUACUGCCUCAACAGCCUUUGACUGUUAUGUGAAAACAGAAGUCAAACAGGAUGUUUGCUUCACAUGACUCAGAACCUGCCCUAGAUGACUUGUGGCUGUAUUGCUAAUGUAUACAUGUCAAUUGAUCCUGAAGCUUUUAUUUUGUGAGCGGUUUUGGAGAUUCAUCCAUCAGUCCAUGAAAGAUCAUCAAGAACAAUCCAUCGUCUCAAAGUAGUUAUGCAUUGCUUGAAAAUUGCAUUUAUUAUCUAUACUAGGAUGGAUCAGUCCUUGGAGGUACAGUAAGCAAUGCUUAUUCAAAAUGAACAACAUUAUGUAUUUGAGUGAAACUCCCCUGUAAAGUCGUUAAUGUAUUGAUCAUCUAUGUAGCAGAACAAUAGCUGAUAUUCUGAGGACCGUCCAGGACUUUAGCAGAGAAGAGGUUUUUUGAAGCAGGAAUUUUAUGGAUUCCUGUCUUUUUAGUUUCUUUAUUUGUACUUAUGGUAGGCCUAUAUAUUUCUUCAUUGUGUCUGCAAACUGUUCUAGUGUAGUAUGUCUGAACUAGAUAAUACAGUUUACUUUUUUUAUAUUUAUUUGAGCCAAAUUUGAGAAAAUGUUCACUUAUGCCCAAAAACAUUUAGCAUUUCUCUCUACCUUAUCUUUUUUGUAUAAAUAUUUUGUUUAUUUGUCGUUUAAUAUAAAAUUUGAAUUUGUGUAACAUAUUUCUUCUAAAUUAUGAAAAAAAACUAAACUUUUAAUGUUAUUAUUUUGUAUUUCAAUGUAGCUUCGAUGCACUAAAAACAUUCAUGAUAUUUAACCAUUAGAAGCACAGAUCCCAAUAUUAAAUCCAACAAUCACUUUAUUUAUAAGAUCCCCCCUUAAACAGUCGCCCAAUCAUCAACCCCCAGCCUCCUUGAGUUCACAUUUUUUCCACUCUUUUAAAGAAGAAAAUAAAUACUUAAGGUACACAACCCACAUUAUGUGGCUAUGCAGAUCUUGUUUCUUUGUUUAUCAAACAAAGAUACUAACCUGUAUCAAGAAUGACUGAAACCUCAGACUAUGAUUGGCUUAAUCUCAAACCACAUUGGCAUGUCUGAAGUGGCUAACUAAACAGUAGAGAUGGAGUGGGCUGAUUUUCACACGUAAGCACACACACACACACACACACACACACACACACACACACACACACACACACACACACACACACACACACACACACACACACACACGCUUUCUGUGCUACAGGUGGGAUUGUGCACAUUCUCACAGACCCAAUGGCCUUUCCCACCCCAGGGGGACACAGAGAGUAGGGAUGAAGAUAGAGGGGUGUUCAAAGUGGGAUCCUCUUACCAACACCAAGGGCAAUCCUAACUAAAAACAAGCCAUUGUUGUGCACAGGUCCCUUUGUUCUGCAUGAGCUGUGAGUCCUUUGAAGCCUUUCUGAACGUGUUUUCUCUCCUUCCUAUUGUAAUUUACUGAUCAUUAGUGCCUGCAGCUCAGGGCACUGCACAUGAUUCAGAUGUCAGGACAGAGCAUCUUUUUUCUAUGAGCUGUGCUGAGCCACUUAAUUCAUUGUGUCAGGUGUGCCAUGUUAAUAAAUUGAGGUGUUUUGGUGAAACGGAGGAGGAGAGUUGGUGGGGCUUCUUAAGAGCAGAUAUUAUACCAAUUAGGGUUGGUUUAGCGACCUCAAAUCUUUGAGCUCAUACAUUAAAAAACAAAAAAUACUGUUAGCAUUUGUCGCUCAGAAAAAAAGUUAAGCUAACUCUAUUGACAAAUCUACUACCUUAUGCCUUAUUUUUGUUUAAGACAAUCAAUUAUAUAAAGAUGCAUUCCUAACCUCUGGGGAGUGGAGGGAAAGAAUAGCAUGUUAUUAUAAUCACUGUGUUCCUACCCAUCCCUUUGGGUUUGAAGGCCUAACUUUAGAUUGGGCAAAAUUCAUGCAGCUAUGAGAAAUCAAAGAUGUACCUGAUAUCAUAUGGUUAUAUCAAAACCAAAGAAAGGCCUGUAAUAUUGUUACAUUGAGGGUUUGGAUUCGUUGUUUUACACAAAAUGUCUCGGUUGGUUUCCAUUAUCUGUUGAUAAAAUGUCCAUACCUCUUAAGAGGUUGUGUGUAUAUCAUGAGGCAUUUGCAAAACAGGGAGGUUAAAUUGUACAAUUACAUUUUAUUUUAUUUUAUGUUGGAUAGAAAAGCACAAAGCUUAUGUUUUCUUUAAUGUUUCUUUCAAACAACCUCCUCUUCAUUUUGUUAUACCAUAAUGUUAAUUCAUUUUGCUCAAAGCAUGUAUGUCUGAAGCUGAUAUGUUAAUUUAAUUUUCAUCCAUGUAAUAUCCUUAAAGACUCUGUAUUAAGUGCUUGUAAAGUGUGCAGAUAAUGUAGUUUUUAAUCAUUUUAAUUAAAAAACAUAAAUUUCA